AUGAGCCGCCGUAAUUCGACUGCAAUGAGUCAAGGUUCUUCUCCCAGAGACAUCCAUGGCGGAUCCAUGCCCAAUGCCAUGGUGGAUGAGGAAAUCCCAUCACGUUCGUACUACUCUUCUCAUUUGGCCAUUGAGCCAGGAGAGCACGCCACGUACUCUGCUUCUAUGGAGUCUAUCCGUGCUCACUCGCUGGCACUGGGCGAUCGAUACAUGCAAGAAUCAAGUCCAGUGAGCUCGCCUCCCAGCCAUGGCACAUCGCCGUCGCUCUCCAAUGACGCCUUGACCAGCCCGAUCUCGCCUGUGCAGCCCAGCUCACACUCGAUACUAUCCAAGCUGCUGAAAAAGGACGAAAACGAACAAAAGCCCUUACUGAAACACUCGCACAGAAAAUCAAAGAGCUACCUAUCAACGCAUAGCCAUGACAGCUUUCCUAAUAUGGAUCCUGAAGCUGUCCGUGUUAUACCACCUACAACCACGGCACAACAAGAACAACAAGAUGAGCAGCACUCUUAUCACUAUGCAUCACACCACCAACACACCAAGGAAUUUCGUCCUACUUGGAAACAGUUGACGAAUCCUGAAAUCUGGAUGAAUUGUUUCACACAGCCCAUCAGUUAUAUACCUGCAGUCAUUCUAGGAUUACUGUUAAAUUUAUUGGACGCCAUCUCUUAUGGUAUGAUUACAUUUCCCCUGAAUAAUCCCAUUUUCGCUUCAUUUGGUCCAGAUGGCAUUUCCAUGUUUUUUGUCAGUUGUAUCAUCUCUCAGCUGGUGUACUCCUGCGGUGGAAGUGUGUUUGAUGGUGGCAAUGGAAGUAUGAUGAUUGAAGUGGUCCCCUUUUUACACAUCAUGGCAGAGAAAAUCGUAUCUGUGGCUGGACAGGACAAUCCUGACGUUGUUAUACCCUCGACCAUGGUGGCAUUUGCGCUCAGCAGCAUCAUGACGGGCCUCGCCUUCUUUUUAUUAGGUGCAUUGAAGCUGGGCUCGCUGAUCGGCUUCUUUCCUCGACACAUUUUGGUAGGCACCAUUGGCGGUGUGGGCUGGUUUUUGGUAGCAACAGGUAUCGAAGUAGCAGGUCGACUGGAUGAAAACUUGGUGUAUACGAUCCCCAUGUUCAAAAAGAUCUUUUUGGAUUCACAUGUCUUUAGUCUCUGGUUCUCGGCGUUGGCCGUCGCCAUCUUGUUGAGAUUAAUACAAUAUCGUAUCACAUCCCCAUUAGUCGUUCCCGUCUUCUUCAUGGCACUGCCACUGGCCUUUUAUCUAAUUGUCUUUGUCUGUGGUUUGGAUGUCAAUGAUGUUCGCCAUGCUGGCUGGAUCUUCCCCUUGGUCGAGAGCAACCUUCCCUUUUGGCACUUUUACACGUACUAUGAUUUCACCAAGGUAGAUUGGCGUGCUGUGGCAGAGACGAUCCCAGCAAUGUUGGCGCUAACUUUUUUCGGUGUAUUGCAUGUACCUAUCAAUGUGCCUGCACUGGGCGUAUCCACCAACAAGGACGAUGUCAAUGUCAAUCGUGAAUUGGUAGCGCAUGGUAUUUCCAAUGCUGUCUCGGGCCUGUUUGGCACUGUGCAAAAUUAUCUUGUGUAUACAAAUUCGCUGCUUUUCAUUCGCUCCGGUGGUGACAGUAGAGUUGCAGGAUUGAUGCUGGCUGGUGCCACAGCCAUUCUCUGGAUGGUGGGUCCAUGGAUUGUUGGAUAUAUUCCUGUGAUGGUCGUUGGCAGUCUAAUCUUCCAUCUCGGCCUGGAUCUACUUAAAGAAGCGCUUGUGGAUACUUGGAACUCUGUCCACUACCUUGAAUACAUUACUAUUUGUGUCAUCAUUGCGUGCAUGGCAACAUUGGGCUUCGUGGAAGGCAUUUUGGUGGGUAUCAUCAUGGCGUGUGUCUUCUUUGUCGUGCAAAAUGCGCGUCGCAGUGAAGCUAUUCGCGCUACUUAUACUGGCCAAUACAUGCGAUCCACCGUACGUCGCUUAUACCGCCAAGAACGCUUUCUCAAACAGGUGGGUGGCCAGAUUCAAAUCGUCAAACUUCAAGGCUAUCUCUUCUUUGGCACCAUUGAUCAAGUGGAACGUGCCAUUCGUGACAUGUUGGACGAACAUGCCUGGGAUUUGCACCCAAUUAGGUUCCUGAUCUUGGAUCUUCAGCUGGUACAAGGUCUCGACUUUAGUGCUGCUGAAGCCUUUGUACGUAUUCGUCGUUUAUUGCGUGCUCGCCAAGUGUAUAUGAUUGUAUGCAAUGUGGCUCGUCGAUCUGAUGAAGAAAAGGCAUUGAUGAAGGCUGGCAUUUGGGUGAAACAGUCUCAAGAACAAGAUGAAGGUGAUUUGAAGUGCUUUGAACAUAUCAAUGAUGCCAUAGAAUGGUGCGAGAAUGUCUUGUUGACGACUUAUUUCGAAAAGAAGCCCAAGCAUCUCCAAAUUACCACACCUGCAGUUACUGUGCCUGUCACCAGCACCACCACAAAGCCAUACAGCCUUUCAGAUCGAUUAGCCUCAGCUGGAUCUCCUCGUCAUGAUAUCAUAUCCAACGCCAUCCAUCAUGUCUUUAGUGAAACUCACAGCCCUGCAAUUCACAAAAACACGACACAACCUACACUCAUUCUUGUGCAAGCAUUUGGAGAAAUCAACAAUGGUGAAACACCACUGGAAUUCUUUCACAAAUUGAGCAAGUACUUUGAAAGAGGCACAUGUGACAAGGGCAACCCUUUAUACCGUGAAGGAGAUCCAUGCGACUACUUGUUGGUACUGGAGCAAGGCUCAUUGAGAAGUUUGAUGUACGUCUUGAAGGAACAAGUUACCGUAGAAACCAUUCUACCUGGUACAGUGGUCGGUGAAAUGGGCAUCUUUAGCGGUAGUUCUGUGCGCUCUCGCUCCUUGGUGGCAGAUACAGACUCUGUUUAUUGGAAACUGACGCGUGAGUCGUUUGAUCGAAUGCGAAAAGACGAUCCAGCCAUGGCAAAUCAGUUUAUUCUUUUAACAUUGUAUUUUUCAUCUGAAAGAUUGGAUACCAUGACACGAUACGCAUUCCAUUUGCAUUAA